CUCGUCAGCAGGCCAGGUGAAAUCAGGAGAUUUUUUGGUUGCAUUGUGCCGGCUCUGGGAAUGUGCGUGUGAAAUCAUCGGCCAGAGAAGCUACCGAAUCUAUUGAGGUAUCCUGCCGCUACUGCUGCUGCUGCUGCUGCGAGUCAACCAGAAUCCUUGGCGUGGAACGGCACCCGCGCAACUCACCGCUUGUGAUCGGUUUUCUGGAGGAGAUUGGCCGAUCUUGCAUCAAUAAUGGCAACGGUAGCUUUGCUCUCGCGGCAGCGACUGCUCGCCGCCUGCUCCCUGCGGCUGUUCGGAGGUGCCCACUCCAGGUGCCUGGUGACGGUGAUGCCCAGGACCACAAGCCCGCCCAGCCCUGCCUGGCGAGACCCACUCCUGUCCAACGCCUCCGUGGCCACCCGCUUCAAUCGCUUCAACCACAAGUCAGCGCAGCCGGCGGCGGCCGCUGCUCCCGCUCCCGCGUCCGCUCCACAUUCCGCGGACGACAAGGAUGUGAAGGCCACCGCCACCGCCAGUAGCACCUUGCCCCCUGAUCUUUUCGGCGAGGCGGCCAACAUGGGUCUGUUUGCCAAGUUCAAGCACAUGUACAAACAGUACUGGUACGUGCUCAUCCCGGUGCAUGUGCUGACGUCGGUGGGCUGGUUCGGAGGCUUCUACUACCUGUCCAAGAGUGGCGUCGAUGUGCCCGCUCUGCUGCAGUACGUCCACCUGAGCGAGAACAUCAUCGAGAAGGUACAGGGCUCGGAUAUGGGCCACUAUGCCAUCGCCUAUCUCUGCUACAAGGUGGCCACGCCCCUGCGCUACGCCCUCACUCUGGGUUGCACCACCGUGUCCAUCAAGUACCUGGUGCAGCAUGGCUACAUCAAACCCAUGCCCACCAAAAACGAGUUGAUUAAAAUGUACGAGGACAAGAAGGCGACGCGGGCUAGCGCCAAGGCGGACAAGGCCGAGAAGGACGAGAGCAAAUGAUCCUUGGCCACGGGCGAGGACACCGCCUCCACUUCGGCGGCGGGGUCGUUGCCGUUGCCACAGUCACAAGAUCCUAAACCGCCGCCACCGCUGCUGCCAUUGUCAAUGCCCCAAAGGAUCGGCGAUCAGCAGCGAUCGGCCGCCGGCGAGCGGCGUGCAGUUGACCUGUUGUCUUUUUUGUUAAACUGCCGCCGCUCCUGCUGGCACUGGUGCUCAACGAACCUAACUCUUGUCCGGAACCACAGUCGAUCACAAAAGCAGCAGCCGCCGCCACCGCCGCAGCCGCCGCACUGAGUUGCCGAUGCAAACACUCAACAAACAACCCACAACCCACGACCCACACUUCAAUUCCCACAAUUCCAUUCAUCCCACGGAUUCAGAUUACAGAUUCAUAGUAUAGUUUCUGUUGCAGUUACGAAACCGCUGGAUGUCGUCAAUAAAAAAAAAAACAAAACAAAACAUAACAAACGGAGAAACACAAAUCACAGAUCCGCAGGACGAGGAGUUCAGUAGUAGUUAUUUAUAGUUAUAUUUUGUAAAUGUGAGAAACUUGUCGCAAAACAAUAAUUACUUAACUCUUAUUAAAUUAAAACACAAAUAAAAAGAAGCAGAGGCCUCAGUUCAAGGGCGUAACCCGAACGGGGGUCCAAAUUGUUGACAAAUAA